AUGAGUACCCGUGAGAGCAACUUCAAAGUGAUAAUUGUGGGAGGAGGCCCAGUGGGACUCGUAGCUGCCCAUGCCCUUCAUCUGGCGGGAAUUGACUUUACGGUGCUGGAGGGCAGGCCUGAAAUUGUGGAAGAUAAAGGUGCUAGCCUCAUUGUUCAUCCUUCUACUUUGCGGGUUUUGCAUCAGUUCGGUGUCCUCGAAGGGUUCUUAGCUCGGGGUACUGAGGUGAAUCACCAUUUGUCGUUCACUGCCGAAGGAUACGUUUUUAAGGAGGGGACUCAAUAUGCUCAAAUACGCCAGAAUCAUGGUUAUGGACCAGUUGCCUUCCACCGUUCCGAAUUUAUUGAGACUAUGUACAACUGUCUCCCGCCUUCUGCGAGAGAGAAAAUCUUGACGAAUAAGAAAAUAGUCGAUAUCAAGAUGAAGUCGGAUGGGGUUAGAGUGAUUUGUGUUGAUGGUAACGCUUUCGAAGGAUCGAUUGUGAUCGGUGCCGAUGGCGUCCACAGCAAAACUCGCCAGCUAAUGCGCAAACUCGCCCUCGAGACAAAUCCUAAAAGGUCCUGGGAUUCUGAGCAACCAUACGCAGCAUCGUUUCAGCUUCUUUACGGCUCAUUUCCAUCACCAUCCCCACCAGGCUUCGGAUAUGAUAUACAGUCAAAGGACAAGUCUAUCAUGUACUUCAGCAGUGCGGACCGUGGCUGGUUCUUCUUGUAUAAGAGGCUACCAAAGCCCACACAAGAGCGCACAGGCUACACCGAGAAUGACGUCGAGUCUGUGGCGCAGGAGUUCUUAGAAUUUCCUCUAACCAGGACUGUGAGGGUGAAAGACGUUUGGCCACGGGUGUCAGCCGCGGGUUUAACGAACCUGGACGAAGGAAUCGUGCAACACUGGAGCCUGGGGAGAGUCGUACUCGUGGGUGAUGCAUGCCACAAGAUGACCACACAUCUGGGCCUCGGAUUCAAUAAUGGCGUUCAAGAUGUCGUGGUACUCUGCAAUGGUCUUCGGAAGGCCGUCAAGACAGCUCCGAACGGGAACCCAAGUGCCAGUGUCCUCACAGAGGUUUUCGAAAAGUACAAGGCAGUUCGAAUGAGCUCUGAAUCCUCACUAAAGAGUGAUGUUACGAAUGCUGGAUUCGAGACCCGUAUGCAUACCUGGCACAAUACGUGGUACUACGUCCUCUCUCGGUAUUUGGUCAUUCCUAGCUGGACGGAGAGUCUAGUUAUGCGGUACGUUAUGGCGCCUGAAUUUCGCAAGGGACAAGUUUUAGAUUAUGUUACAAAGGAAGAGCCGAUGAAAGGUAUAAUCAGCUGGUUGUAUCCGAUGAGAGCAUAG